ACCCCCACCCUGUCCAAUGAGCUGGCGGCUGGCUAUCAGGCCGCGUGUUAUUAUGGUCUGGCGAGAGCAUUCCAGGGAGUCCUCCACUCUGAGGCACACGCUCGCUCCUUCUGAGGCGGAAACUCGUCUCGUGCCACUUUUGCGCUGGUUUGGCGCGCUCUUCGGGCACCACCAUGAUGCCACAGCAGCACCUCCAGACUUUGCCGCUGGACGACAAUCCGGAAGAUGAGCAGGAAUUGGAGGAGAUGCCGGCCACGGAGAAGGACCUGGCCGAAGACGCGCCCUGGAAGAAGAUCCAGCAGAACACCUUCACCAGGUGGUGCAAUGAGCACCUGAAGAGCGUCCACAAGCGCAUGCUGGACCUGCAGAAGGACCUGGCGGACGGCCUGAGGCUCAUUGCUCUGCUGGAGGUCUUGAGCCAGAAGAACAUGUACCGCAAGUACCACGCCAGGCCCAACUUUCGCCAGAUGAAGCUGGAGAACGUGUCGGUAGCGCUGGAGUUCCUGGAGCGACAACACAUCCGCCUGGUGUCCAUCGACUCUAAAGCCAUCGUGGACGGGAAUCUGAAGCUGAUCCUCGGUCUGAUCUGGACGCUCAUCCUGCACUACUCAAUCUCCAUACCCAUGUGGGAGGACGAGGACGACAUGGAUGCUAGGAAGCUGACACCCAAGCAGCGUCUUCUGGGCUGGAUCCAGAAUAAGGUGCCCCAGAUGCCCAUCACCAACUUCCACCGCGACUGGAGGGACGGCAAGGCACUGGGUGCCCUGGUGGACAAUUGUGCCCCAGGUCUCUGUCCAGACUGGGAAACUUGGGAUCCAGGUCAGCCGGUGGAGAACGCCAGAGAGGCCAUGCAACAGGCAGAUGACUGGUUGGGCGUUCCUCAGGUCAUCGCUCCAGAAGAGAUCGUGGACCCCAACGUGGACGAGCACUCGGUUAUGACCUACCUGUCACAGUUUCCCAAAGCCAAACUGAAGCCGGGCGCCCCCUUGAGGGCAAAGACUCUGCAUCCCAAGAAGGCCAAAGCCUUCGGGCCCGGCAUUGAACCUCGUGGGAACGUGGUUCUCAAACCAGCAGAAUUUCUGGUGGAAACGGUGGAGGCCGGACUGGGCGAGAUUCUGGUUUAUGUUGAAGACUUGGAGGGGCACACAGAAGAGGCCCGAGUGAUCCCCAACAAUGACAAGAACCGAACCUACUCGGUGGUCUACCUCCCCAAAGUGGAGGGUCUCCAUCAAGUCAAGGUUCUGUUUGCAGGCCAGGACAUUGACGGGAGCCCUUUCAUGGUCCAUGUCUCCAAAGCGAUGGGGGACCCGACCCGGGUGCAGGCUCGCGGCCCGGGACUGCAGAACGUGGGAAACAUGGCUACCAAGCCCACCUACUUUGACAUCUACACAGCCGGCGCUGGCGCUGGUGACGUGGGUGUGACCAUCGGGGACUCAAACGGGCGGCGGGACACCGUGGAGGUGGUUCUGGAGAACAAAGGGGACAGCAUCUUCCGAUGCACCUACGUACCCGUGCUGGAGGGGCCGCACACCGUCUACGUCACAUUUGCUGGACAGCAGGUUCCCAGAAGCCCCUUCCCCGUCUUCAUUGCCAAAGCCUGCAACCCAAACGCCUGCAGGGCUUUCGGCCGAGGUCUGCAGCCCAAAGGUCUGAGGGUGAAGGAAGCGGCCGAGUUUAAAGUGGACGCCCGAAGCGGCGGAAGCGGCGAGCUCCGAGUGGCGGUGACGGGACCGAACGGCCCGGAGAACCCCGUGAAGGUGGUGGAGGUGGACGGCAGCCGCUACGAGUGUAGCUACUACCCCGUCGUGGCAGGAAGUUACGUCAUCAACAUCACUUGGGGCGGUCACGGCAUCCCGCGCAGUCCCUUUCAAGUCGAUGUGAGCGAGGAGGCGGGGCCUCAGAAGGUGCGGGCCUGGGGUCCUGGUCUGGAGACGGGUAUGGUGGGAAAGAGUGCCGACUUUGUCGUGGAGGCCAUCGGGACGGAGGUGGGAACCCUCGGCUUCUCCAUCGAGGGUCCGUCCCAGGCCAAGAUCGAGUGCGAUGACAAAGGGGACGGCUCGUGUGACGUCAGGUACUGGCCCACUGAAGCCGGCGACUACGCCGUCCACGUCAUAUGUGAUGACGAGGAUGUGAAGGACAGCCCCUUCAUCGCGCGCAUCCUGCCCGCUGCCGUGGAUCUCCACCCGGAAAAGGUGAGGUGUUACGGACCGGGCCUGGAACCCGUCGGCCGCAUCGUCAACAAACCGGCGGAUUUCACCAUCGACAGCCGAGCCGCCGGCGCCGGCGAGCUCAGGCUCUACGCUCAGGAUGCCGAAGGCUGCCCGAUAGACGUGGAGAUAAGGGACAAUGGCGACGAGACCUUCUUGUGCGUUUACGUCCCCACAAAGCCCAUCAAACACACCAUCGUCAUUACGUGGGCUGAGGUCAACGUUCCCAACAGCCCCUUCAGGGUGAGCAUCGGAGAGGGCAGCCACCCGCAAAAUGUGAAGGUUUUCGGUCCCGGCGUGGAGAGAAGCGGACUCAAGGCCAACGAGCCGACUUACUUCACGGUGGACUGUGGCGAGGCGGGACAAGGUGACGUCAGCAUUGGCAUCAAGUGUGCGCCCGGUGUGGUUGGACCAACCGAGGCUGGCAUCGACUUCGAUAUCAUCAAAAAUGACAACGACACCUUCACGGUCAAGUACACGCCGCCGGCCCCGGGCCAGUACACCAUCAUGGUGCUCUUCGCCGACCAGGAAAUUCCAAUCAGCCCCUUUCGGAUCAAAGUGGAUCCUUCGCAUGAUGCUGCCAAAGUGAGAGCGGAAGGACCUGGACUCAACAAAUUGGGUGUCGAAGCGGGAAAGCCGACACACUUCACCAUCUACACCAAAGGGGCCGGCAAAGCUCAGCCCGAGGUCCACUUUGGAGGCGGCACGAAAGGGGACGCGGUUCGAGACUUUGAGAUCAUCGACAACCACGACUACUCGUACACAGUCCGCUACACCGCCACGCGCCGGGGGAGUUUGUCCAUCACUGUCCUCCACGGGGGCGACGCCAUUCCCAAAAGUCCAUUUCGCAUCGAAGUGGCUCCACCUCUGGACCUCACCAAAGUUCGAGUUCACAACCUGAACAACAAGGUGAACGUGGGAAAGGAUCAGGAGUUCAGUGUCAGUACUUCGGGCGCCGGCGGUCAGGGCCAACUGGAUGUGAAGAUCGUUUCUCCAUCUCACCGAGCGAUUCCAUGCAAGCUGGAGUCCGGCGCAGCCAAUGAGCUUCAUUCGGCCAGGUACAUCCCGUCGGAGGAGGGGCCUUACAGUGUGGAAAUCAGCUAUGACGGGAACCCCAUCCCGGGAAGUCCCUUGGCAGUGGAGGCCACCUUACCCCCCGAUCCCUCCAAGGUGCAAGCCUAUGGGCCGGGUCUUGAGGGCGGCGCGGUGGGUAAACCGGCCCACUUUGCCAUCGACACAAAGGGAGCAGGCGCCGGUGGUUUAGGCCUGACAGUGGAGGGUCCCUGCGAGGCCAAGAUCCAAUGCCAGGACAAUGGCGACGGCUCUUGCUCGGUCUCCUACCUGCCCACCGAGCCCGGCGAGUACAACAUCAACAUCCUGUUUGCCGACCGACACAUCCCCGGCUCCCCCUUCAAGGCCGCCGUCCGGUCCCCGUUCGACCCCAGCAGGGUGACGGCCAGCGGGCCCGGUUUGGAGCGGGGGAAAGCCCACCGAGCCGGCUCCUUCCUGGUGGACUGCUCCAAAGCCGGAGAGGCGGAGCUCACCAUCGAGAUUAUUUCCCAGUCGGGCUCCAAAGCCGAAGUUCACGUGGAGAACAACGGCGACGGAACCUACUCCAUCACCUACAUCCCGCGAUCUCACGGCGCGUACACCAUCACCAUCAAGUACGGCGGACAUCCGGUACCAAAUUUCCCCACCGGCCUGCAGGUGGAAGCAGCCCUGGACAUCAGCGGCGUCAAGGUCUACGGACCCGGUGCCGAACCCAGGGGAGUCCUGCGAGAAGUCACCACACACUUCAUCGUGGAUGCCAGAAGUGUUUACCAGACGGCCGGCGGCCACGUCAAAGCGUACAUUUCCAAUCCGUCAGGUGCCAGCACAGAUGCCUACAUUAUGGACAAGGCCGACGGCACGUACCACGUGGAGUACACGCCUUUCGAGGACGGUCCGCAUGUCAUCGAGGUGUUGUUGGAUGAUGAGGCAGUCCCCAAGAGUCCCUUCAGGGUGUCCGUAAGUGAAGGUUGUGAUCCAAGUCGAGUUCAGGCCUACGGGCCGGGCCUGCAGGAGGGUCUGGUCAACAAGCAAAACCGCUUUACCGUCGAGACCAGGGGUGCCGGCACCGGGGGCCUUGGCCUAGCCAUCGAGGGCCCGUCUGAGGCCAAGAUGUCCUGCAAGGACAACAAAGAUGGCAGCUGUAGCGUGGAGUACGUUCCGUUCACUCCUGGAGAGUACGACGUCAAUAUCACCUUUGGGGGACUUUCCAUUCCAGGAAGUCCAUUUCGAGUCCCCGUGCGAGAGGUGGUGGACCCCACCAAAGUGCGCUGUUCUGGGCCCGGCCUCGGAAGCGCCGUUCGUGCUCAGGUCUUUCAGACCUUUACGGUGGACUGCAGCAAGGCCGGCGUAGCCCCCUUGGAGGUCCAGAUCUUCGGCCCCACAGGUGUCACCGAGCCCAUCAGCAUCUUGGACAACGGUGACGGGACGCAUACGGUGAAUUACACCCCGGCCAACGACGGCGCUUACACCAUCUACAUCAAGUACGCCCAGCAGGAAGUGCCUCGAAGUCCCUUCAAGAUCAAGACCCUGCCGGCUCACGACGCCAGCAAAGUCCGCGCCAGCGGCCCCGGUCUGAAUUCGUCCGGCGUUCCCGCCAGUCUGCCGGUAGAGUUCACCAUCGACGCCAGAGAUGCCGGCGAAGGACUGCUGACGGUUCAGAUCGCGGGUCCUGACGGGUGCGGGCACCGGGCUUCCGUGUUUGUGCAGGACUGGCACACGCGUGUGUGGGAAUCUCAUAUAGUCAAGAGAACCAUCCCGUUCUCCAUUCUUAAGAGAGCCUGUGAUCCUGAGAGCAAGCCCAAGAAGGCCAACAUUCGGGACAACCGCGACGGCACCUACACGGUGUCCUACGUCCCGGACAUGGCGGGCCGCUACACCAUCACCAUCAAGUAUGGCGGGGACGAGAUCCCGUAUUCGCCGUACCGCAUCCACGCCGCACCCUCGGGGGACGCCAGCAAGUGUCUGGUCACAGUGUCCAUCGGAGGACACGGACCAGGGUCCGGUGUUAGCCCCGCCAUCCGGAUCGGAGAGGAGACGCUCAUCACGGUGGAUGCCAAGGCCGCCGGGAAAGGCAAGGUCACCUGCAAGGUGUCCACGCCGGACGGGGCCGAACUGGACGUGGACGUGGUGGAAAACGCGGACGGGACCUUUGACAUUUACUACACGGCGCCGGAACCCGGGAAGUACGUCAUCACCAUCCGCUUCGGAGGGGAACACAUCCCCAACAGUCCUUUCCACGUACUGGCAACCGACGAUCCCGCGGCCCCCAUCGACGAGACGGAGGCGGUGCUGCGGCCGUUUAGCCUGGUCAUUCCCUUCACCGUGCAGACGGGCGAAAUCACGGGUGAAGUGCGAAUGCCGUCCGGUCGCGCGGCCCAACCGCAGAUCGCCGACAACAAGGACGGCACCGUCACCGUCAAGUACUCUCCGAUUGAGUGCGGCCUGCACGAGAUGGACAUCAAGUACGAGGGCCAGCACAUCUCAGGAAGUCCGCUUCAGUUCUUUGUGGAUGCCGUGAAUAGCGGUCACGUGACGGCGUAUGGCCCGGGUUUGAGCCACGGUGUGGCCAGCUCGCCGGCCACCUUCACGAUCGCGACCAAGGGCGCCGGAGAAGGCGGUUUGUCUCUGGCAGUGGAAGGCCCAUCCAAAGCCGAAAUCAGCUGCAAGGACAACAAAGAUGGCACCUGCAGCGUCUCCUACCUGCCCACGGCGCCCGGCGACUACGUUAUCAUCGUCAAGUUUGAUGAGCGCCACAUUGCCGGCAGUCCCUUCACCGCCAAGAUCACCGGCAACGACCCUCUGGCCACGUCUCAGCUCAACGUCGGCGCGGCGACCGACGUCUCCUUGAGGAUCGUGGAGACGGACCUGGGCAGUCUGACGGCGACCAUCCAAGCUCCAUCGGGAAGCGAAGAGGCGUGCCUGCUGAAGAGACUCCCCAACAGACACAUCGGCAUCUCGUUCACACCCAAGGAAGUGGGCGAGCAUGUGGUGAGCGUGAAGAAGGGCGGCAAGCACGUGAGCAACAGCCCGUUCAAGAUCAUGGUGGCGCAGUCCGAGAUCGGGGAUGCCGGCAAGGUGAAAGUCUUCGGGCCGGGACUGCUGGAGGGACGCACCUUCGAGGUGGCCCACUUCAUCGUCGACACCAGGACGGCCGGCUACGGAGGUCUGGGUCUGUCCAUCGAGGGUCCCAGCAAGGUGGACAUCAACUGCGAGGACGUGGAGGACGGCACCUGCCGCGUCACCUACUGUCCCAGUGAGCCCGGAAACUACAUCAUCAACAUCAAGUUUGCCAACCAGCACGUCCCAGGAAGUCCUUUCACCGUCAAAGUGUUUGGUGAGGGCAGGAUGAAAGAGAGCAUCACCAGGAAGCGGCAGGCGCCCGCCAUUGCCACCGUGGGAAGCACAUGUGACCUUGACCUCAAGAUCCCGGGCAACUGGUUUCAAAUGGUUUCGGCGCAGGAGCGGGCCACUCGCACGUUCACGCGCAGCAGCCACACCUACACGCGCACCGAGCGCACUGAGAUUAGCAAGACGCGCGGCGGCGAGACCAAGCGAGAGGUCUGCGUGGAGGAGAGCACACAAGUUGGAGACCCCUUUCGCGAUGUCUUUGGAGACUUCAUGGGACGGGAAAGUAGUCUGAGCGGCUUUGGCGGAAAGUCGCCACCGCAGGAUGGUGAGCCGGCCCACCAAGAGAUGGCGGCUCAGGUGACCAGUCCCGGCGGCAAGUGUCAGGACGCCGAGAUCAUCCGCGGCGAGGACAGCACGUACAGCGUCCGCUUCGUGCCGCAGGAAAUGGGCGCGCACCUGGUGGAGGUCAAGUAUCGCGGACAGCACGUUCCCGGGAGCCCCUUCCAGUUCACCGUGGGUCCCUUGGGAGAGGGCGGCGCCCACAAGGUGCGGGCCGGCGGCACCGGGCUGGAACGGGGCGUGGCCAGCGUCCCGGCCGAGUUCAGCGUCUGGACCAGAGAGGCGGGGGCCGGCGGGCUCUCCAUAGCGGUGGAGGGUCCCAGCAAGGCAGAGAUCGCCUUUGAGGACCGCAAGGACGGUUCCUGCGGCGUCUCCUACGUGGUCCAAGAGCCCGGAGACUAUGAGGUUUCCAUCAAGUUCAAUGACGAGCAUAUCCCAGACUCGCCCUUCGCCGUCCCGGUGGCCGCUUUGUCGGACGGCGCCCGCCGCCUCACCUUCACCAGCCUUCAGGAUUCUGGACUCAAGGUGAACCAGGAAGCCUCCUUUGCGGUGCAGCUGAACGGAGCUCGGGGCGUCAUCGACGCCAAGAUCCACGCGCCUUCCGGAGCCACGGAGGAAUGUUUGAUCGGCCAGCUGGACGGCGAUCGCUACGCCAUUAGGUUCGUCCCCAAAGAGAACGGCGUCCACUCCAUCGACGUCCGAUUCGGUGACAGCCACGUGCCCGGAAGCCCCUUCAAAAUUCGCGUGGGGGAGCCCGGUCAGGCGGGAGACCCCAGCAAGGUGUCGGCUUCGGGGCCCGGCCUGGAAAGGGGGAUCACGGGGGUCGCGUCAGAGUUCAUGGUGAACACGUGUAAGGCUGGCAGCGGCGCUCUGUCCGUGACCAUCGACGGUCCCUCCAAAGUCCAGAUGAGCUGCCAGGAAUGUAGCGAAGGCUACCUGGUGUCCUAUACCCCGAUGGCUCCCGGGAGCUACCUGAUCUCCGUCAAGUACGCGGGAGCGCAGCACAUCGUCGGCAGCCCCUUCAAGGCCAAAGUCUCAGGUCCUAGUUUGUCCGGAGGUUCGAGCCUUCGUGAGACGUCAUCGGUUCUGGUGGAAACCGUCACCAACUCCUCAUCGGGGAUGGCCGGGCCUUUCGCUUCCCUGCCCAAAUUCUCCUCGGAUGCGAGCAAGGUGGUCUCCAAGGGGGCCGGCCUCUCCAAGGCCUUUGUGGGCCAGAAGAACUCCUUCGUGGUGGACUGCAGCAACGCCGGAAGCAACAUGUUGAUGGUGGGGGUCCACGGCCCCCGGGCCCCGUGCGAGGAGGUCUACGUGAAGCACGCGGGCCACAGGAUGUACAAUGUGACGUACACGGUGAAAGAAGUGGGAAACUACAUCCUCAUGGUGAAAUGGGGCGAUGGCCACAUUCCCGGUAGCCCCUUUCAUGUCACUGUACCGUGAAGGCCUCUCUUUUUCCAAAGUUCUCUUGAGACAAAUCCAGUUGGCAGUUGCGAUGAAAGAGAUUUUUCGGAAUGGGCUUUUGUUCUCUCUGCGGAGGUUUUGGCAGUCGGGAAGUGACAAAGAAAGUCUUGUCGUGGCUUUGCGAACGCCACCAUUGUUUCAUACGUUUCCUAACAAUGAAAACAUUCAUAAGAAUGAAUGAAAGGUCACACGGCCACACUCAACCGCUGCCUUCUUUGAAGCCUGACGUUGACUAGGAACCAGUCCGUUUGUUUUUUGGUCUACACGUUGUUCCAUGACAUCGACCGGUCGACUGGUCCGUCGUUUCCGUUGGCCUUCUAUUGACAAGCAGUCGAUCGCUUGUCCUUUUCGUCCCCUCGCCAAAAGGAAACAAACACCAAGAGAGGGAGAACAGCCCACCGAGCUUUUACGUGAUCAAAAAGUCAUUGUUGCAUUUCGAUGUUGUGCUCAGAAAUAUGUUGGUAGAAUAAAAUCUCUUGUGAU